UUUGGGAAGCACGUCAGCAACGCGCCACUCACCAAACUACCGAUAAAGUGUUUCCUGGAUUUCAAGUCCGGUGGGUCGCUGUGUCACAUCCUGGCAGCAGCAUACAAGUUCAAGAGUGACCAGGGAUGGAGGAGGUUUGAUUUCCAGAACCCGUCUCGAAUGGACCGCAAUGUGGAGAUGUUCAUGACUAUCGAGAAGUCACUGGUGCAGAACAACUGCCUGGCUCGGCCCAAUAUCUACCUGAGCCCAGACAUCGAGCCCAAACUGCUGAGCAAGAUGAAGGACAUUAUCAAGAGACAUCAGGGCUCAGUGACAGACGACAAGAAUAACAGCACCCACACUGUGGUGCCUAUGCCAGGGAGUCUGGAGGAAGAGGAAUGGGUUCGUCCAGUCAUGAGCAGAGACAAGCAGGUCCUGCUGCACUGGGGAUACUACCCUGACAGUUACGACACGUGGAUCCCUGCCAGCGAGGUGGAGGCUGUUGUAGAGGAACCGCCCAGCGUGGAGAAACCCAGGAAGGUGCACACCAAGUGGAUCCUGGAUCUCGACAUCUUCAACGAGUGGAUGACGGAGGAGGAUUACGAGGUGAGCGAGGCCCCCCGACGCAAGCACCUCUCCGCCAAGACCCUGAUGGACGAGGUGAGCACCCCCGACCUGGAGCGCCGGGACAAGAGGCCCCCCGGAAACUCCAAGAAGAGGAAGCGCUCGCCCUCUCCCACCCCCGCCCCCGCCCCCGAGAGCAAGAAGAAGAACACCAAGAAAGGUCCCUCCACUCCCUACACCAAGUCGAAGCGCGGACACCGCGAGGAGGAGCAGGAGGACCUGACCAAGGACAUGGACGAGCCCUCGCCAGUGCCCAACGUGGAGGAGGUGACCCUGCCCAAGACAGUGAACACGAAAAAGGAUUCAGAGUCGGCUCCAGUGAAGGGAGGCACCAUGACAGACCUGGACGAGCAAGAGGAUGACGCGACGGAGACUGCAGGCAAGGAUGAGGAGGAGAGCUCUGCAGGUAAUAAAGGGGAGCAGACCAAGAACCCCGACCUGCACGAAGACAACGUGACGGAGCAGACCCACCACAUCAUCAUCCCCAGCUACGCAGCCUGGUUCGAUUAUAACAGUGUCCACGCCAUCGAGCGCAGAGCCUUGCCAGAGUUCUUCAAUGGCAAGAACAAGUCCAAGACUCCUGAGAUUUACCUGGCCUAUCGAAACUUCAUGAUCGACACGUACCGCCUCAACCCCCAGGAGUACCUCACCUCCACUGCCUGCCGACGCAACCUGGCUGGGGACGUGUGUGCCAUCAUGAGGGUGCAUGCGUUUCUGGAGCAGUGGGGUUUGAUCAACUAUCAGGUGGAUGCUGAGAGCCGCCCCACCCCCAUGGGCCCUCCCCCCACCUCACACUUCCACGUGCUGGCAGACACCCCCUCCGGCCUGGUGCCCCUGCAGCCCAAAACACCACAGGCCACUGCCUCCCAGCAGGUGCUCAGCUUCCCUGACAAGGCCAAGGAGAAGCCAGUGGAGCUGCAGAACUUCGGCCUGCGCACCGACAUGUACGCCAAGAAGAGCGUGCCCUCCAAGAGUAAAAGUGCGGCCAGCGCAACCCGGGAGUGGACAGAGCAGGAAACUCUACUGCUGCUGGAGGCUCUGGAGAUGUACAAGGACGACUGGAACAAGGUGUCGGAGCACGUGGGCAGCCGCACACAGGACGAGUGCAUCCUCAACUUCCUGCGGCUGCCCAUCGAGGACCCCUACCUGGAGGACUCGGACGCCUCGCUGGGGCCCCUGGCCUUCCAGCCCGUCCCGUUCAGCCAGUCUGGGAACCCCGUCAUGAGCACCGUGGCCUUCCUUGCCUCCGUCGUGGACCCCAGAGUGGCCUCCGCCGCGGCCAAGUCCGCCCUGGAGGAGUUCUCGAGGAUGAAGGAGGAGGUCCCGGCCGCGCUGGUCGAGGCUCAUGUGAAGAAAGUGGAGGACGCGGCGCGUGUCACCGGGAAACAAAACCCCCUGUUCGGACUGGAGAGCAGCGGCAUCGCGGGGACCAGCCUGGAUGAGCCCGAGAGGAUGGACGAGACAACCGAGGAGGCUAAGAGUGACAGCCAGCCAUCAGAGGAAAAGAGGGAGCCCAAGGAAAGUCGAGAGGGUGUGUCAGAUGAAGAAGGGAAAGAGAAGCCGGUGGAGGGCGAUAAGAAGGAUGAGGAGAGAGGGAAGGAGGGAGAGACAGAGGAGGGAGAGCAAGCAGACUCGGAGAUGGGUGAUGGAGAGAAGGAGAAGGAGCAGAAGGAGGGAGCGGAGGAGGGGAUGAGAGAGGGGGAGAGUGAGGGAGAGAAGACCAACAAGAUGGAGCGAGAUGUGGGGGAGGGGAACCUCGCCACGGCUGCAGCCUCGGCACUGGCUUCUGCUGCAGUGAAGGCCAAGCACCUGGCUGCAGUGGAGGAGAGGAAGAUCAAGUCCCUGGUAGCUCUGCUGGUUGAGACUCAGAUGAAGAAGCUGGAGAUCAAGCUGAGGCACUUCGAGGAGCUGGAGACCAUCAUGGACCGCGAGCGCGAGGCGCUCGAGUACCAGCGGCAGCAGCUGCUAGCUGACCGGCAGGCUUUCCACAUGGAGCAGCUGAAGUACGCAGAGAUGAGAGCCCGACAGCAGCACUUCCAACAGAUUCAGCACCAGCAGCAGAGCCAGCCUCCGAGCCAGCCCCCUCCCGCUAGCCAGCCUGCCCCCCAGCCAGGGCCCCCGGCCCCCGGAGCACAGGGCCCCAGUGCACCCCCGCCCGGCCCCCAGCCAGCCGAGCAGCAACCCACCACCCCUCCCCGGCGCACGCCCCCCCUGCCUCUCACCCCUGCAGGGGCACAGCUUUCCACGCCCACCAGCCUGCCACACGAGCCCAGUGUCACCAUGCCUCCAGACUCGCUGCCUCCAGCCCCAGCCUCGGCCACGCCUGUGCCUCCCCAAUGAGGCAGAGAGCGAGGAGAGACUGAACCCCCUCUCCACUCCACACAGUGCGAUCACAGCUCCCACGAAAACCAAAUCCACCCCAGUCCUCGCUGACUUCAGAGUCACUGAACCACACAGGAUAUACAGAACAAAAGUACGCGGCUUGGAGCAAUGAGACGUGACAGGCAGCACCAGCAGGGGGCGAUGUCGCUCGAACACAAAGCGACUGCAUUCAUCACGAAGUGCUUGCAGUGUCUGCGUUACAGAUCCCUGGCUGGAAAAGCCUGCCUUUCUUUUUAAAAGAAAGAAAAAAAAAAACAUUAGCAGUGUUACAAAACAAUCAGGAUCCACUGCUUUUUAAAUAUGCAUGUGUAGUUUUUUGUUUUAAGCACUUGCUUUAGUCGUUGAGCCCCUGUGGACAUGCAAGCCAGCUAAUGUCUAUUGAACGCUUUCCUUUCAGAAACUAGGGGUAGCUUAGACUGAAAUUUCACAAGGUGAAGUGCGAAGUGUCAUUGCUUUACAGCAUAUACCUUUACCCUGUAUAUCUGAGAAGUGAGUGAGUGAAGGAGAAGGAAAGAGAGAAAGCAAGGUACAUUCAUCCAGCAGACAGACAGACAGACAGACAGACAGACAGACAGACAGACUCUCUCUGGGGUGGAUUUUGGCAAAUCUCCAGAAAUCAGCCAUAAGAUGGCAGGAUUGGGAAUGUAGAAGAAAUUGACAAAGAAAACCCUUUUUUAUUUGGUAUUAUUAUUAUUAUUAUUAUUAUUAUUAUUAUU